UUAGUGUUGGAUAUCAUCAAAACUGCCCAUAGUCGAUCGCAAUAUCAGUCCAAUCUUUGAGUGAUUUUCAAUUCAUAUGGAUCAGUUAUACGAUUGUGGGUAGUAAAAGCAUCUAAAUUGAAUUACCCUAUAAAGCCAAGUGAACGCCACACUGUUAUUCCCGAGUGAUGAUAAACCGUAUCGAUCGCCCCCAAUUUGAGCGCAUUCGAGUCAAGGUCAAAGCUGUGAUCCGUAGCAACAACAGUAGUAGCGGUACCCACCGGGGUACGAACAUGGGCCAAACGAUCAGCGGGAGUGUCAAAACAGUCAACAACCGCGACCAACCAUCGCCAUUCAUUCCGAAGAUCGCCGUUCAUUUCGAAGAUCACGAACUGGAAGCGCACUAUCAACGAUCAGCACGUCUCAAUUGUCUACUGGAGAUGCCUCCGGUCACCCGGGAAACGCAGUUGGAAUACUCCUGGAAUUCGGAUGACAGCUCGCCCUAUGUAUUCGUUAAGGAGGACGACAAGAUGACGUUCCAUAGGUACUCGGUGGCGCAGAGCACAGACUGCAUACGAGGCAAAGUCGGCUUCACCAAGGGUCUGCACGUGUGGGAACUGCUCUGGUCGACACAACAGCGGGGUACACAUGCUGUGAUCGGUGUUGCCACCUCCGAGGCACCACUCCACUCCCAAGGUUAUCAAAGUCUGGUUGGCUCGAACGACCAGAGCUGGGGUUGGGAUCUGGGGCGCAAUAUGCUGUACCACAACUCGAAAAUCUACCCCGGCAUCACGUACCCUUCGAUACUUAAGCCAGACGAAACCUUCUUAGUACCGGAAAAAAUCCUAGUAGCUUUGGACAUGGAAGAGGGAACUCUCAGUUUCAUCGCCGACGGCCAGUAUCUGGGGAUGGCAUUCGAGGGUCUGAAGGGUCGAAAGCUCUACCCGAUCGUAUCCGCCGUCUGGGCACACUGCGAAAUCACCAUGAAGUACAUCGGUGGCCUCGAUCGCGAACCUCUAUCGCUGAUGGACCUUUGUCGGUGUGUCAUCCGCCAGAAGCUCGGCCGGACGCACCUCAAGAAGCGUGUCGAACAGCUCCAACUACCAAAGUCGGUAAAAACCUAUCUGCUAUAACGGGAUCAAGCCAACUAUUAAUCAUUUCAUAAUUAUUAUUGCUUGCUGUCAUAACUAUUGGAUAUAGAUAUUAAUUUCCUCUUCAUUCUCCGCCGCUAUAUGAACUGACCAAGAACAAAGAUAUUUAAAGAAAGAAAAGAACAAACCGAUGUUAGGAUUUAGGGUUAAUGACUUAGGGGUCUGAAAUAACAUUUUUUCUUCAUUUAAAUAAAAAGGAAAUGGUACUUCUUCCUGGU